AUGUCGGUGGCCACGGGCAGCAGCGACGCGGCCGGCGGGGCCGGUGGCGGUGGCGCUCGAGUCUUCUUCCAGAGCCCCCGGGGCGGCGCCGGCGGCAGCCCAGGCUCGAGCCGCAGCGCGGGCUCCUCCCGGGAGGACUCGGCGCUCGUAGCCCCAGCGGCCGCCGGCGGGCAGCUCCAGCAGCAGCAGCAGCAGCGGCGCCACCAGCAGGGAAAAGUGACGGUGAAAUACGAUCGGAAAGAGCUGCGGAAGCGGCUGGUGCUGGAGGAGUGGAUCGUGGAGCAGCUGGGUCAGCUGUACGGCUGCGAGGAAGAAGAAAUGCCAGAAGUAGAAAUUGACAUUGACGAUCUUCUUGAUGCAGACAGUGAAGAGGAGAGAGCUGUAAAAUUACAGGAAGCUCUUGUAGACUGCUACAAACCAACAGAGGAAUUUAUCAAAGAGCUGCUCUCCCGGAUAAGAGGCAUGAGGAAACUGAGCCCCCCGCAGAAGAAGACUGUAUGACUCUGGCCCAGGGUGGAACUCUCCUGGAGAAGAAGAAAGGGUCCUGGGAUUUGGACUACAAGAAGACAUAUAUCAAAGAAUAAAUGUCCUUUUGAACAACUUUUUUUUUUUUUUGAGGGUGGGGGGAAUGAUUGUAUUAGACAUUUAUUCAAGAGUGUUCCUUUUCUGUUUUUAAAGGUUUUUGUUAGUGUAACAUUUUAAUAGUGGAAAUAUCACAACUCUGGCUGCAGCUCAACCAAGGAUUAUUAAAGCAGGUGGACAUCAGAAUGGGCUGUACCAGGCAGCAUUUUCUGCAACGGAUCAGAUGUUUAGGGCCUUACUGUACAGGGAAGAUGGUUUUCUUACAACGAGUUUGGUAAUACUUUUUUCUUAAGUUGUACCUUUGACUCAGAUGUCAAAUUUCUUGUAUAUAUUUGCACACACCUAAGUUAAACUGUAGAGGUAAGGUUUUUUUGUUUUCACAUUGAUAGAAUAAACGUGUGGUUGUUCUUUCAUCGAAGGUCACAGCAUGUGUGUUUUCAAGAGACCACUCAGCAUUCUUCAUGUGAGUGCUGCUGACCUUCAAAAUUCACUUGAUGCACCAAAGUGAAAAAAUUCAGUGUAUCCGUUAUUUGAUGAGCUAUGCUACAAAAAAGUUGAGUUGGUCAAGGGCUGAAUUCAUGGACUUCAUAUUAUUUCAUUGGUUGGAAUGCUUUGCCAGGUCAUGUACUUAUUGCCUCAUUUGUGGUGUUUUAAACGUGUGUGGACCCUUCAUUUGAAGAACUCAUCAGAUUUCUAGAGAAAUGCCCAUGUUUUCUGAGCAGUGUUUUGCAGUGGAUAAAGGAAGCACUGUAUAGCAUCUAAUUCUCUGCUUUCCACCAAAUACUGUGUAUUCUCUGUCCAUGAAAGCAGGUCAAAAGGAAGUUAGCAGAUUAAGAAUCGUCCUCCUUAGAAGAAGAUUCUGGUUGCUUCUGUACCUGGGGAAGCAUCAGACCAGUGGGCAAGGGCGGAUUUAGCCAACAGACAAGGUAAACACAAUGCUUACCUUGCUUACCAGAUCAGUUUUUACCACAUCAAAGAUACUGUCCCUCUCCCAACCCCACAGCACCUUCUUACAGAAUCAAAGCCUCUUUUCAAAUGACGGGGACAAAUGACGGCUUACUUGUGCUUAUUUACACAUCUGUAGUGAACAGUUUCACAUGGGUUUCACCACAUCUAGAUGAAAUUGUUCACUACAGAUUAGUAAAUACGCAGGAGUAAUCCCAUGCUUACCUUGCUUAUUGGGUAAUCCGCCUCUGCAGAAGGGGGUGAAUUGAGUGUUGGAGCAAGUGCAGAGGUGGGAAUAGGGCACAACCUACCCCAUCCCUCACCCCCCAGUCAACCGUUCUUCAGGACGAUUGAUGACUGGAGCAUUUGGUGGUUUAGAUGCCUGAGACUGCAUUUCUGGCUCCUCUCAGUGGGAUGUGGUGAGGACCCUGGAGCCUCCAUCAUGCUCUUGGCCCUAGUUGCAUAUCUCUAUGCUCUUGCCAGGAGUUGGGUCAGGGGUACCUGCCCUGCCCCUCUCAGUUACAUACCAGCUCCUUGGAGAGGGAUCAACAUUCAGAUAGGAUACGGGUGGGGUAAAAGGUAAGGGUAGAAACUGCUUUUUCCCUCCAGGAGGCCCGAUGCCUCCCCACAGAAGCCCCACCUAGUGGGGAAUGUCUCUAGGUGGCCCUGUCAGAGAGGACGGGGGUCAGGCAUUUUAUAUCAAGGGUGCUCUGAACAUAUUUUAUUUUUUAAAAGAACUAUGUUUGUGACUUUUGCGUAUACUGGCAAGCUUUUGAAAAUGUAUUUAAUUUUGUAAUGUUUACCAAUGAUUUAUUUACAAGCUAUUUACUCAAAUAAAUGGAGCUGCUUAAAACUCUGCUUACACACGCGCCUUCCAAAACAUAGUACCGUUGUGAUUUUACUUUGUCACGCCGUCUGUAGUUGAAA